AUGGAAGAACGACAAGAACAUUUGUCAUUCAUGCAAAUGAAGUUGCAAUCAUCAUUUGAAUACUUUGGAAAUCAAUCAAGGACAUCUGUAUUUCUUUUGUUAGGACUCACGCAGGAUCCAAAACUACAGGUCCUGCUUUUUUAUGCUUUCUUUAUUAUGUACCUGAUCACCAUAAUUGCAAAUAUUGGGAUUUGCCUCAUCAUCCAGUUCUCUUCUCAUCUUCACACACCCAUGUACUUUUUUCUUGGUAAUUUGUCUUUCAUUGACCUUUGUUACUCGUCUUCAGUGGUACCAAACACAAUGGUCCAAUUGUUAAACCCUGGUAAAUGCAUCACAAGUAUUGGCUGUGCGGUACAGCUUUUCAUGUUUUGUUCAUUUGGUUCCACAGAGUGUCUUCUCUUUGGUGUGAUGGCCUACGAUCGGUAUGCGGCCAUUUGUAGACCUUUACAUUAUGGAGUGAUGAUGACAAAACAAACAUACAGCACCCUAAUGGCAGUAGCAUAUUCUGCCGCUGUUCUACAUGCCAUUAUUCAGAUAUCCAGCAUUUUUACCUUAAACUUCUGUGGCCCCAACAUUAUUAAUCAUUUCAUAUGUGAUGCUCUACCUCUGAUAAGACUUUCUUGCUCAGAUAUUUUUCUGAAUGAAAUGUUGAUUAUUUUUUGUGCUGCCGUCAUAGGAGGAGGGCCUCUCUUUGUUAUAAUUCUAUCUUAUAUCUAUAUUGUGUCAACCGUUCUCAAGAUACCAUCAUCACAAGGAAAGAGAAGAGCUUUUUCCACGUGUGCUUCGCAUUUAACAUGUGUCACUUUGUUCUACGGUACAGUGUUAUUCAACUACCUUCAUACAGCGGGCACUUCGUCGUCAGUGGGCCAAGAAAUGGCGGCAUCUGUAUUUUAUAUUGUGGUCAUACCAAUGUUAAAUCCACUUAUCUACAGCAUAAGAAAUAAAGAAGUAAAACUGAUUUUGCAAAGAUUCUUCGGUCAAAGUCUACUUCUUGGCUCCAUAUUGCCAGUGCAGAUUAAAUAUAUUGCCCGCUGUAAAGGUAAUAAGAAGUAUAUCAGUAUCCUGCUGCUUUAUGUCAGGUUACCUUGUGUAUCAGUCAGGGACAAGUCACAGGCUGGCGUCACAUUGCAGGAUAUUGGGGACACUCCUACCAACUCUCAGCUUGUCCCCAGCGAUUCUUACGCCAGCCGCAAUAACCCCACCUCCUUUUAUGACACGGCCAAAGUGUUAGAACGAGAACAUUUUGGGGCCGUGGUUACUUACCUAAUGGAGCACGUGUGCUUAGUAAUUGUCCUAUUGGAAAGUGAACCUUUAGCCCAGUCUGAGGUCCUAAGCGCUCUGGACCAGGUUUUGAUUAAGGAUAUCUAUGCAUUUUGCUGUGUUCAACGCAAACCCGCAACCUGA